AUGACACUUUUGUUUUAUUCUGUGAUUCAGUAAAAAAAAUUCUCUCAUUCAAUGGUCGUAUGUAAUAUUAUUUUUGUUGCUAAAUAGUGUUAGAUUUGUACAAAUUCUAUUUGUUUAGCUUUUUUCGCACGUUUUUAAUAGUAGUAGAACUAAUGUUCAAUGUCAGAUUAGAGAGUUGUGCAAAAACUUUUCGGUGUCGUCACUGAGUGACUGUCUCGAGUCUACCCAUUUUAUCACAAUCCAAGUGAUAUUAAAUUGUUUGAAUUGCGAUGUGGCGUAGGUAGUGGGUGAUAAACGCGUGUGAAAUGUCACAACAUGGAUGUCCAGAAAGACUUUCGAAUAGAUCGAAGGGGUUCCAGGAGGAUGGUGCGAGCCAGCCCACGAUGGAAGUGCUGGUGGAGACCCUCACGGGCACGGCUUUCGAAAUGACCGUGUCGCCUUCGGACACCAUAUUCGCGAUCAAGUCUAAGAUAUUCAGGGUAGAAGGUAUCCCAGUAUCGCAGCAGCACCUUCUAUACAACCUGCGUGAGCUGGAUGACGCGUUGUCGCUAAAGGACCACGCCAUAGGUGACGGCGCGAGACUGCGCCUCGUGCUGGGGCUGCGAGGCGGGCCCGUGGCCACGCGCCGCCUGCCGCCGCCCGAGCCGUGGCGGGACAUCGAGCGCCUACUGCACUCACACAACAGAGAAGAGAGCGAGUGGUUUGGUUCCGGGUCAGGCAGUGGUUGUAAGGCCACGGUGCUGGUGUUCCGCGAGGGGGAAAGAGUUAACCUGGUGCGCGUGCGGGAGAACAAGGACGGCACAUACUCGCCGCUGGAUCACGCUAAAUACUCGUCGUCCCUCAGUCACCUGGUGGAGGCGGAGGCGGACGAGGCGGCGGGCGCGCUGCACGAGAACGCCGUCACGAUGGGCAAGAUGUUGGACUUGCGGCGCCGCAUGGAGAGUCUGUCCGUACAACGUCGCGCGCUGAGGCCUGGUGAAAAGCACGACAUACAGAAAACACGUUCCGAAGAAACCCUAUCCGUCCCCAGUCUGCUCGACGACGGGCCGGACUUUGCGACCCGGACAUACAACCCGUACAGUGAGGCAGAGGACAUGUUUGCGCCACUCUACGAUGGCAACUACACCAGAUAUGGCUACGACUGCUCCUUCCCCGACCGGUACACUCUGCUGCCUCCCAUUGGCACGAGGACUGACUCAGAUCAGUCUAUACAAGACGCUGUACAUGAUGAGAGGUUGAAGCUCUCAGACGUCUCAGCUCUAGCUGGGUCAAUUCUGGUGAAGGCUCGCGAGGGUGGUGAGGAGGCGGCCAUCUUGGAGGAGUGUCUGGACAGCGAGGAGUGUCUGCGGCAGGACUCACCACCGCUCACCGCCAAGAAUCUAGCGCCGAUACCCACCGCCGAGUAUGGUCCGCUAGUGGGCGGGGAGGCGGGCGGCUGGCGCGCGCGCGGUUUCGGCUCCAGCACGCAGCUCGGCAGCGCGCCGCGCUCUGCCUCCGCGCUGCCCGUGCGCGCCGCCCGGCACGCGCCGCGCGCGCCGCCGCUCUCCGACGCGCUGUUCUCCUCCUCCACCUCCGACCUGGAGAAGCUGAAAAGGAACCGGAUCUUGCCAGCGCUGAGUCGCCAUCGCAACCGAGAACACUUGCACCUGAGCGACGAAGGCUUGGACCUGUCUCGCCACUCUCCGCCGCGCAGCCGCGAGGUGGGCAGCGAGCGACGCCAGCGGCGCAUCUCCAACAUCGCCGAGACCGACGCCGCCCGGCUCCUGGCCUUCGACGAGCCCAAGCCGGAGCCCGUCGAGCAGAAGCCCGAGAAGAAGAUCGCCAGAAUACGCUGCGGGCUCUGCAAGAAGAGACUCAGCAUCGCCACCGUGCACAAGUGCCGAUGUGGGGCCGAGUUCUGCGCGCCGCACCGCUACGCCGAGGUCCACGGCUGUGCAUACGACUAUAAGGCCCACGCACACCACUACCUGCAGCAGGCCAACCCGCUGGUCAGCGCACCCAAGCUGCCCAAGAUAUAGACUGUGCGCCCGAGUUGCAAGUGUUGUGUGCUGGUGUUAGUGAAAAUGUUAUGUGGUCCGUGUGUUAAAUUUUCUGUAAGCUACAGGCAUAAGUAGUUUUUUGCGGUAGUGGAGUGGUGUGGGAAGGGUGUGAUGAUGUUAUGCGACAGCUCAGUGAUUCCUCAACUUGUGACAACUGUCACUCUCCCGCACCGCCGACUACUCAGUUAUGUGUUAUACCUGUGAGAUCCAGCCCCUCCUCUCUGGUGAAAGUUCGAAAAAUCUUUGCUAAAUCUUUUAACAAACUGACAUUUCAUGCCACUAGCACUAUGACUAUGUUUGUACCUAUUGUGAGCUGCUUGCUAUGAGCAUUAUAGUUUACCAUUGUCCCAUAUAUAGUUCCCAACUUUUUAUGAUAGUGUUUAACUUGUUGCUACAAAAUGCCAGCAGGUCUAAUCUAAUUGCAACCAAGCACUAGUCUAUAAAUUUAAAAAAAAAGUAACACCUAGUACUGAAUAAAAAAUACUAUACAUUACAUUUUCAUACUGGAGCUUACAAUGAGUCACAGUUGGAGGUUGGCAAUUUUGGUGUGAACACAGCCUUAGUAUCCACAAAUAACUUGAGCAAAAAACAGCAUAGUGGAAGAAAAUUCGUAGGAAAUUGAUCAACCAUGCUGAAAUUUAAAUUGCAUCCAAAAAAAAUGUCCAAAAAUUGUGAUUAGCACUAAAAAUAUUAUACCUACAUGAAAUAUUGCACUUUCACUAACACCAUUUUAUGUCCAAAAAGAGUAGUAGUAAAAAAAAAGUUGUUUGUAUAAUAGAAUGGCUACUUGCAAUUCUGACGCGCCCUGUUGCCGGAACGGGGCGGCACAUUGUUGAUAGUUGAUGGAUAUAAUGAUAUUAACGUGAAGUGUCUUACUCGCGCUUAUGAUUUGCUUUCGUUUCGUCAUUUCCAUUUAUAACUUUACUGGUUUGUUAUUAUUAGAUAAAUGUUGCACGGUUUUUCUGCAAAAAAUAGUCAUUAUUUCAAUUUUCACAGCUAGAUAGAAAUAUUCAAAGUUCCAUAUUUUGUUCAAAUGAUGCGUGCCAAUAAAAAAAAUGUGUGUAACUAUUCACCCUUUCACCAGCUAUAUAACCAGGGGUGUAUUUGCCUUAGGGGCAAUAGGGGCCAUGGGUACUUGCAAUUUUGACUAGCGCCCCAUUGAAGGAACUGUACUUUGUUGAUAGUUGACAGAUAUAAGUCAACUUACUUUGAUUUGGAAGGCAGAUUCAACUGAGAAGAGCCAGCAAGAGGUAAUGAAUUUUUUGAGCUAAGAACCUUUACAAAAUUUAGAACUUUCAAUCUUGACUAUAAAAUUAUUAUAAGAAUGAACUGUGCAACUAAUGUAUACUACGUAUUAUAUUAUUGUAUAUAUUAAUGUCAUUUUGUUUUUUGGGACGGAAAGAUAAAUUUAAUUAGAUUUAACGCACUUUUUAGAUGUCCCGUCGAAUGUCACUUCAGUAUGUCUGCAUUAAUAGAUCGGGAGCUGGUGCAUUAUUUAUUCAACAUAUUUUAUAAUAGCUGAAUUUUGUAUUAAAAUACUAAUGUACACAGUUAACAACCUGUUAGAGACAUAGUUACUCUUAAAGUUUUUAGUUUUACACACAGUCUUGAUGCAGAUUUUUUCAUAUUAACUUCUCAUUUGUGGUAUCAUAUUUUCGGUUUUUGAUAGGGACUAUUCAAUCGUUUUACUUUCAGGUAAUAAAGAAAUAUUUCCAGGUAUGCUACUCUGCUAGUGUUUAUAGCUUUCUUGUGUGAUUUUAUACCUACAUUAAUAUACAACAAAACAGUCAUUAAAAACUUCACUAUUUCCAAGUUAAGAAAAAGAAGAAUUGUAUGUAUAUUAAUCUGAAUUAAUACCAAUAGUAGUUCCAUGUCAUUACUAUUUGGGUAAAUAUAAAUAUACUAUACAAAAGAGUGUGAAUAUUGUGUGUGUACGUGUAUAUUGGAAAAUAAGCCGAUAUAUUAGGUAUACAAUAUGUUUGAUCCGUUCGUUGGUAGUUUUUAAAUUAAAUAAAAAUGGCCCUAUAGAACACUUUGUAAAAAUAAUGCACCAGCUCUUAGACCAUAACUUUGUUGUCUUGGGGCGGACACUCGCUCAGUUUUAACGAAUAAUAAAAUUCUAGCGAGUCCGUUGAGGUGAACGAAUUGUGAUAUAAAUUGACCUAAAUUAAGAUUAAAAUGUUGAGAAUCAUCUGCCAUGCAUGUGUGUUUUUUCGUAAUGAAAAUAAUAAUUAAUUGAUGGAAAAAAUUAUCAAAAAAAAAUUAUAUAUAUUGUAAUAAUAAUAAAUAGAUAAUAAAUGUUAUUGUUCUAAAUCUCCGAAAAGUAAAUUAGGAGAGUUUUAUGGUUAAGGACCAAAAUUAAGAUUGUACUUUUACUUUAAAAAAGUAUUCCUUGCCUCCUGGUCUAUUGAGGACAAAGUCUAUGGACCGCAUAUCGAUGGCUUACUUCACAAUUUGCACUAACUACACAAUAAUUGUGGGUUUUGCAGAAAACCUCUUUUAAGUUUAGAUUAUGACUAGCACAAAAAUAGUGAACAAUUUCAAUGCUACGUUUACUAUCUGGUAGAGUUGUGAUCAAAUCCUAAACUGUACUAUUUUUGUACUCAUCAAAUCUGAACUUAAACAGCUCUUCUGUAAAAUCAACAAUUAUUGUGUAGUUAGUGCAAUUGUGAACUAAGCCAACUAUAUGUGGUCCAUAGUCUUUGCGUAGGUGAAAAGUACAAGUUUUUAGUACUUUAUCAAACUCGCCUAAUUUAUUAGUCGGGUUUUUAGGGAAUUAUUAUAAUAAUACUCUGUAUUCGCCCUUAGUUAAUCGCAGAGGUGCUUUGUUCGUGCUAUUUCACUGGUUUCUUAUGUUCGUUGUAUAUUACGUGUAAUGUUAGAUUAAUUGCUUGCAUAGGUCGCGCCAGACUUGAUGACCGCUCCAAAGUUGGCUGAGGUCUAUAUUCUAUCGAGCUCACUUUGACUUUGAUCAGCCUUGAAGUUAGAACAAAACAAGUUUAUAUCAGAGGCAUAAAUGUCUCGUUUUAACCCUAAGGAGGAGAUCUAUAAGGCAUACUUAAUUUGGCUUUGCUCAGACUUUACUUAGGCUGUAAUCUAUAUAUUAAGACUGAGUUAAAACAGAUAGCUCUGUCUUAAGUCUGAAAUCUAUAGAGUGAGAUUUAUGUAAAGAUAAUUCUGUUUAAAAAGUCAAAGUAUGUUCUAUAGGUCUCAGCAUUGGAAUUAAAACGAGACAGAGUUGUCUCUGAAAUAAAUCUGUCUCGUUUUAUCUCGUAAGUAUGAGCAAAGUGAAAGUACACUCUAUUUCAGUCUAUUCUCUUGCUUGAAGCAAUCAUGACUGACCAUUUUACACUGUGAUUGCAAAGCAAACUAAAAUAUUUCACUGGCAGUUUCACUAGUUUCAAGCAGUUGCGAACGUUUUAAGCAGUCCAUGGUCUUUGAUAUCUAUGGGAUAAAGUGCUUUUUAAAGAGCGAUCAUCAAGUUUGGCGCCAGUUGUAAUAAUUUUUUGUUCGCCCGCUAUACGAUGUAGCGAUUGUCGGAAUCUAUAUUUAUUUAGUGCCUGAUCAUUGUGCAUUGUACUAUCACACAUUUUGUUUUAUUUCAAAUUGUUGCCUCAAUAAUCGUUUAUGUCUAAUACGUCAUUUUCUAUGGCGAUAUGCAUAUUCCUUGGUGCGUAUAAACGAAAGAACGUGCCUUUAAGGUGGAAUCAUACUUAUAGCUCGUGGCCCAAUUCGUCGCAAUUCUGUGUUUCGUGUGUUUCUGGUCAUAGAAGUUGACGUGUUAAACCCCUAUUGAAUAUAUUUAAUUAUUUUGGUGACGUUUUACCUAUAUACUAGGGGUUUGAUUUGAUUGAGCAAGACACUCGAUUUAGUUUACUUUAUAAUUUUGCAGUACCGGCAGGAAGAUUACACAUUGGACUUAAGAAAAAGAUCAUCGGCAGUUUCGACUUCACAUUGCGUCGUCUUUGUCAUUCAUAGCUAUGUUUAUAUGACGUUAUGUUGGUGACAUGUCUGUCUCAACGACAGAGACAAUGCUUUACGAAACCGAAGCGGUCGCUUAUCUCUGUCUGGUCCGAUGUUUCAUCUUUCCUGUUUUUCCGGGUACAUUUAUGACUAAAUUUAUUGCAAAGGAGUUUGAGGUCAUAUUUAUUUUGACAUUUCGAUACAUGAAUUUGAUGAUAUAUGCUCGAAAUCUAUCAACGAUGUUGAGAUGUGCAAACUUGUAUUCCGUCAUAUUUGCAGUUUUUGUGCAAGGAGAUCUAUAUAGUGCACUUCGACUUUGGUCAGACUUAAGAUACUGUUAAAACGAGACAGCGUUAUAGCGCUGACAUAUAUCUGUCUCGUUUUAAGAAGCUUAAGUCUGAGCAAAGUCAAAGUGCGCUCUAUAGAUCUCACCCUAAUUAAGAGGGAUUGUGAUUAUCGCAUUGACCGUUUCAAAGGUUCGUAAUCGAGUGUGUUGCCCAAUUAACCUUGCAGUCUGAUUAGUAGUGUCCAUAUUUUCUAGGGUUUUCAAAUAUAUUUGUCGCAUGGUUUAUGUUUUACUAGAAAUAUUUGUACAUUGUAUUGUAUAUUUAUAAACUUAUCUUUUUUUGCUUCGCCUAAAUAAUAGUGGAAUUAUUUUUGUAUAAAAUGGAGGUAGCUUGAUUGAAGUCUUUGGCUAAAAGUUGUACUGUUUACAUAGGCGCGAAAUUCCGACCGAAACUUUCGCAGUGAUAGUUUGAUUGCGAUAUCUUAGUACAUUUUUUACGAUGUCGUAUGCGAUUUUUUACUAAAAAAUUGACAGAAUUUGUGGACGAAAGAAAUUGUAGUAUCGAACGAUAUUUCGGCCGAAAUUUCGCACUUAUUUGAGAAUAGGAUACAUAAUCUUUAUCACGAAAAAAAUACUAUCAACACUGAAAAAAAUGUUCCCAUGUUUACGGUUGCCUGUUAUUGAAGAUUAAUAGGUAAUAAUAAUUUAUAUACAAAAGUUUUGAAACAUAAACCAAUAGCCUCAACAAAGUGUAUCAUUUUUCAAGCUUUUUAAGCCCUGUUUACAUUACGAUAGUUCCUCAUUUCAAAGUCCGAAGCGACUUGAGACUUCUCGGGAGGAACUGUCUCAAUGUAAACGAGGCUUUCUGUCCUAAUGAAGUAACUCCGAAGUUCCUAUCUCACCGACUAACGAAUAAAAUUGUAAUCCCAUUAAAAAAAUUAAAUAAAAAUACAAUAC